CACACCCACAGAACCCAAUUCCCUCGCGCUUCCUCUUCCCCCUCCCGCAUCACACAUCCCCCCCACCAGGCCACCACCACCACCACCACCCACCGCCUGAUCCCGUAUGCAAUUAUUCGCACCCGGACGCCACCGCCCCCACCACCACCGCAUCCGCCAUGGGCGACUCCUCGGUGGCCGGCGCGCUCGUGCCGUCCGUGCCCAAGCCGGAGGCCGCGCCGUCCGGUGACGCCUCCGCGGCGGCGCUGGCGCUGGCGGAGGAGGCGGGCACGCGCGCGGCGUCGGCGUCCCCGCAGGGCCCGGCGGAGGAGGGGGAGGGACCCGCCGACAGGGACCUCCUCUGCCCGAUCUGCAUGGCGGUCAUCAAGGACGCCUUCCUCACCGCCUGCGGCCACAGCUUCUGCUACAUGUGCAUCGUCACGCACCUCAGCCACAAGAGCGACUGCCCCUGCUGCGGGCACUACCUCACCAAGGCCCAGCUCUACCCCAAUUUCCUCCUCGACAAGGUUCUGAAGAAAAUUUCGGCCCGGCAAAUUGCUAAAACAGCAUCACCAAUCGAUCAAUUUCAAUAUGCAUUGCAACAGGGAAACGAAAUGGGGGUUAAAGAGUUAGAUAGUCUUAUGACUUUGAUUUCUGAGAAGAAGCGGCAAAUGGAACAACAAGAAUCAGAGACAAAUAUGCAAAUAUUGUUAGUCUUCUUGCACUGCCUUAGAAAGCAAAAGCUGGAAGAGUUGAAUGAGAUUCAAACUGAUCUACAGUACAUCAAAGAAGAUAUAGGCGCUGUGGAGAGACAUAGGUUAGAAUUGUAUCGCACAAAAGAAAGGUACUCCAUGAAGCUGCGCAUGCUUUUGGAUGAUCCUGCUGCACAAAAAAUGUGGCCCUCUCCUAUAGACAAAGCUAGCAGUCUCUUUCUUCCCAAUUCUCGGACACCACUUAGCGCAUCAUGCCCAGGAAGUUUACAGAAUAAGAAGCUUGAUUUGAAAGCUCAAGUAAGCCACCAAGGAUUUCAAAGGAGAGACGCUCUAACUUGUUCAGACCCUCCAAACUCCCCUAUACAAUCGGGUAACAUCAUUGCUAGGAAGAGGAGAGUUCAAGCACAGUUUAAUGAGCUUCAAGAAUACUACCUGCAAAGACGGCGCACUGGAGCACAGGCACGCAGGCAAGAAGAAAGAGACAUUGUUGCAAUGAACAGAGAAGGUUAUCAUGCAGGUCUUCAGGAUUUCCAGUCUGUGCUAACAACAUUCACUCGAUACAGUCGUCUACGUGUCAUCGCGGAACUAAGGCAUGGAGACUUGUUUCACUCUGCCAAUAUUGUAUCAAGCAUUGAAUUUGAUCGUGAUGAUGAACUAUUCGCUACUGCUGGCGUCUCGAAGCGUAUUAAAGUUUUUGAAUUUUCUAGUGUUGUUAAUGAGCCAUCAGAUGUGCAUUGCCCGGCUGUUGAAAUGGCUACGAGAUCUAAACUUAGUUGCCUCAGCUGGAACAAGUACUCAAAAAAUGUUAUCGCAAGCAGUGACUAUGAGGGUAUUGUAACUGUUUGGGAUGUCCAGACCCGUCAGAGUGUGAUGGAGUAUGAAGAGCAUGAGAAGAGAGCGUGGAGCGUUGAUUUUUCUCGUACAGAACCUUCAAUGCUAGUAUCAGGGAGUGAUGAUUGCAAGGUGAAAGUGUGGUGCACAAAACAAGAAGCAAGCGUGAUCAAUAUUGAUAUGAAAGCAAAUAUUUGCUCAGUUAAAUAUAAUCCUGGGUCAAGCUUCUAUGUUGCAGUCGGAUCUGCUGAUCACCAUAUUCAUUACUUUGAUUUACGUAAUCCAAGUGCACCUGUCCAUGUUUUUGGUGGGCACAAGAAGGCAGUAUCGUAUGUUAAAUUCUUAUCUAACAAUGAGCUUGCGUCUGCAUCAACAGAUAGCACAUUACGGUUAUGGGAUGUCAAGGAUCAUUGCCCGGUACGGACGUUUAGAGGGCACAAAAAUGAAAAGAACUUUGUUGGGUUGUCUGUGAACAGUGAGUAUAUUGCUUGUGGAAGUGAAACAAAUGAGGUUUUUGUUUAUCACAAGGCAAUCUCAAAACCUGCAGCGAGCCAUAGAUUUGUAUCCUCUGACCUGGGCGAUGCUGAGGAUGAUCCUGGUUCUUAUUUCAUUAGUGCUGUCUGCUGGAAGAGUGAUAGCCCUACCAUGUUAACUGCUAACAGCCAGGGAACGAUUAAAGUUCUUGUACUUGCUCCUUGAUGUUACCAAGGGGUUACAGCCAGCUUGUAUAUCUUAUUAGGAUUUUGAGGGAUUUCGUGCCAUUAUAUUCCCUAAGUGGGAUUUGGAGCAUCAUUGAUCUCCGGUUUAGGGCACGAAGUUUUGGAGCUGGUCACCUGACGUAGGAUUUUGAGGUUUCAGAAUGUGCAUAAUCAUUGUUAUGUUGUAUAGGUGUAAAAGCAGCGAAGUUAUUGAUUACAAGUGUAACAUGAGAAAUACACCUUAAUAAAAUCCAUUAUUUCUACAUUGA